AUGAAGUUUGUUGUCACUGUCACGGCCCUCUUGACGGCCCUUGGUGCCUGUGUCGCCGAAAAUCGGUCUCCAGAUGACGUAGCGGUGUAUGAAUUGAAUUCCCGUGCUUCAGAUCGUAUACCCACAGUUCUGGGUGAAGACGCCUUGAUGUACUUGGCCGAUAAACUCGAUAUUUCCGACCAAUUUCUGGUGGGUUCCGACUCUACUUUCGGAGAUUUCAUCAGCUCGAAGGCACCUCUUCGUAGUAAGCAAGAAAAACCGGAUAUGGUGGUGGUAAUCAAUGGAGCAAAUAAUCUUUUCGACACUCCAUCGUUCAAAGUCGCAGAUAAAGACGGACAUUUUCACCGCUCUGUGGCUCGCCACCUCUUUAGAAAGAAAGCUACUGGGGGUCUGGCACUGGAAUUGACUCUGGAAAUCAGAGUUGUGGCGCCAAGCGUCAAAUCUUCGUCGUUAGUUGACCAUUUCCGACUCUUCGACGACCGUCUAGUUGGUCUCUGGCAACACUAUACCGGCCACAGACAAGCGGUUUUGGGAGGUGUGAGUGGAAUUAGCGACCGGUUGUUUGUCAACGAGUUAUCGCAGUUGGUUCACCUUGACGAAGUUGCGGCCGAUAACCAAACCACGGUUUUUAUGACCCUCGUAUCUUUGCUGUCGGUAGGACGCAAGGCCGGAUUCGACUCCCACAGCUACAAUACCGCAUGUAGUGUUGUCAGCGAUUUAUUGACUUCGUUGGCUCAAAAGUACGACGUGGUGGUGGUGGCAGUUCCCGAAAAUCACCUCCAAAAAGCCGUCGACAAACAUAUGCAAAAACGCAAUUUGGAGCUUGCAACUGUGUUCAAGCGUACUUCUGGGUCCUCUAGUUGCUUCACAUCACAAGAAGCUUGUGAGGCUGGCACUUCCAAGUGCAGCGGCCAUGGAAAAUGUAUCGAGAGUGGAAAAGAAUGCUGGUCUUGUGGUUGUAGUCCUACCAAAAAAGACGGAAAAACCACCAUUUGGGCCGGUUUCGACUGCAGCAAAAAGGAUAUUUCUGCUCAGGCCCACAUCCUCCUCUGGACAGGAUUGGUUUUGAUUGUCACUGUCGGGGCCGGAAUUAAGUUGUUGGCGGGUAUCGGAUCGGAAACAUUGCCGGGAGUACUUGAUGCUGCAACCCUCAAGAAAUCACAACAGUAA